AUGUGGGUUACGGCAGUUUUGGAAACUGUUGCUAGAGUUAAGCCCAAGAAAAAUGAGACGAAGGAAAAGUCAUUUCAACUUCAUGAUGUUUUCAACUUGGAUAAUGAGAAUCGGGGUGUAGAUAUGCCAACAUUGAUAGAUCGGAAGGACAAUGUCUUUAUUAUGUCCAAUGCCAAGUCGAAAUUUCCUGUGCUACAGUUAGACUUAAGAUUGAUAUCAGAUCUUGUGGUUGUCAUUGUCUCUGCAACUUGUGGCGGCAUUGCUUUUGCUUGUGCUGGACAACCGGUUAUUACUGGAUAUCUGCUUGCUGGAUCAAUAAUUGGGCCAGGGGGCUUGAAUUUAGUCAGUGAAAUGGUGCAGGUUGAAACAGUAGCUCAGUUUGGUGUUAUUUUUCUUCUUUUUGCAUUGGGCCUGGAGUUCUCCACAACUAAGCUUCGUGUUGUCCGAGCAGUUGCUGUUUUAGGAGGCCUGCUCCAGAUACUUCUGUUUAUGUGUUUGUGUGGGAUAACAGCCUUGUUAUGUGGUGGUGAAGCAUCUGAGGGGGUUUUUGUUGGUGCACUCCUGUCAAUGUCUUCAACAGCGGUCUUGAAAUUUCUGAUGGAAAGAAAUAGUAGUAGUACCCUUCAUGGACAGGUCACUAUUGGUACCCUCAUUCUACAGGAUUGUGCAGUGGGUUUGCUGUUUGCACUGCUUCCAAUUUUGGGUGGUACUUCUGGUGUUCUUCAGGGAAUGGUGUCCAUGACAAAAUCGUUGGUGAUUUUGAUAACAUUCUUGGCCAUUUUGUCAAUAUUAUCCCGUACUUGUGUUCCCUGGUUUCUUAAGCUGAUGAUAAGCCUAUCAUCUCAGACUAAUGAGCUAUAUCAAUUGGCAUCAGUGGCUUUCUGCUUGCUAGUUGCUUGGUGCAGUGAUAAGCUGGGUCUAAGCCUUGAGCUGGGUUCCUUUGCUGCUGGAGUGAUGAUAUCCACAACUAGUCUUGCACAUCAUACACUUGAACAAGUUGAGCCCAUUCGCAACUUCUUUGCUGCUCUUUUCCUCGCCAGCAUUGGGAUGCUUAUACAUAUUCAUUUCCUUUGGAAUCACAUUGAUAUUUUACUGGCAGCCGUUAUAUUGGUGAUCAUCGUAAAGACUGUUGUGGCUGCCACAGUAGUCAAGGGAUUUGGAUACAGUAACAAGACAUCACUCCUUGUUGGAAUGUCUCUGGCACAAAUUGGGGAAUUUUCUUUUGUUCUUCUAAGUCGUGCUUCAAAUCUUCAUCUGGUGGAGGAUAAAUUGUAUCUGCUGCUGCUUGGCACAACAGCUCUCAGCCUGGUGACUACAUCAUUGCUUUUCAAACUCAUUCCAUCUGUUGUACACCUUGGAGUACUGUUACGGUGGUUCUCCCCUGACAUAUCCAACGAGAUCGAAUUUAAAGGUGGUAUGCUGCGGGCAGACAGUGCUAAGCAUAUUACAUUGAUGAUCCAAGACUCUCAUGAUUCAUGAUAAUAAAUAAGAGCAUGAACCAGAAAAUGCAAAUUUCCGCCUUUACCUGAUGGGCUUCUUAUAUACGGGGGGACAGGUGCUUAAAAGUGCAAAGGAGGUUGACUGAGUGUAACCUUUGCAUUCUAUUCCCAAACACCUCAUAUGUUGCCCACAUUACGUGCAUAGUUUUGACCAAAUGAGCCAACAAAAAUAGCGACCGGUGCAAAUCCAGAUCACGAUGAUUAUGAUCUGUAUGCAACAAAUCAUCUUCUUUUUCAGGUCACAGUGUUACUUCAUGGUGGCCUACUUCGUAGAAAGUGUUCAUUUGAUAUUGUAAAUUCAAUUCAUUUUCGCCUUUCCCCCAAUUCUAUUUUCUUCUUUGUAUCUUUUUUGUUUGUUUUUUUUUUAUUUUCUUUAACUGAUGUAGAAAUGAUCAAUGUAUAGGGUCACGUUAUAA